UACCUGGAGCAAAUCCAGUAGGGUAAAGUUAAAAGUACCCAUAACCAAGUAUGCAUGGUGAAUGUCAUGAAAAUGUUAAUCGAUAGGUAUGUCAAGACAGGAAGAAUGGCGUGAUAAUUUAAAAUAUAAAGACCUAAAUGGUCCGGCAAAAAAUUUCCGUUUUAUACAAGACAAGAAAUACGUGUUCUUAGUAACACUAAUUUGCUCCGCUCAAGAUUUAUAUCCAAAACCGAAUAUGACGAUUUCAUCGCAGGGUUACAUUCUAAAACAAUCUGUGAUGGAAAUAAAGAUGAAUUCCUGGGGUUUGUACUCCGUGGCUGUGACUAUCGAGGUUCAUGAUGACGAGAUAAACUCGCCCUAUGAAGAAUUUGUGUGUUUAUUGUCAUUGCCAAACACAAAUUAUACCAGAAAUCUGACAACAAUAUAUUAUCCAGGAUUAAUGCCUACCGCAUACACCGCGUAUGAAGUACAAAGACCUCAACAUCACCAAGCCAGCGGAAGCAAGAGCAACGGUGUACUAUUUCAAUUGAUCGACUUGUUAUUUUUAAACCUGUGUAUAUGA